AUGACACAACCAAAUGAAGACCAAAUUAAUAAAAUCGAGAAGAUCCUAAGGGAUGAGAAGUACCCAGCCAAGUCUCACAAUUUGAAAGUAAAGCAGCAAUUAUUGUCCAAAAAUCCCAAAUUGACGGUGGAAUCUACGGCAAUUUUCAUUACUGGUGAAAACUCUGAACCGAUCAAGUACUCUGACCAAAGUAAAACUUUCAGACAAAGCAGAUACUUUUUCUAUCUCUCCGGUUGUAAUAUUCCCUCUUCUUCAUUGCUAUUCAACCUGCAUGAUGAGAAGUUGACAUUGUUUCUGCCUGAUGUUGAUGAAGAAAAUAUUAUGUGGUCAGGCCCUCCUUUAUCUGUUGAGGAAGCUUACUCUAAAUAUGAUGUUGAUGAGGUCUGCUAUGCCAGUGAUAUUCUCAAUAGAAUUAAGGAACUUUCUGGGUUCAAGAUUUUUACCACUGAUUUGGAUAAUGUAAGUUGUGACUCAGUUAAGUCCAUGUUAAUCGCUGGGGACAGUGAUUUCUUCUAUGCGUUAGAUGAAUCUAGAAUGAUCAAAGAUUCUUAUGAAGUUGCGUUGUUGAGAAAAGCUUGUGAAAUUACUGAUAAAUGUCACCUUGCAGUAAUGUCGGCACUACCAAUUGAGAAAAAUGAGAUUCACUUUCAAGCAGAAUUCACUUACCAUGCCAUUCGCCAAGGGUCAAAGUAUCAAGGUUACGAUCCAAUAUGUUGUUCUGGUCCAAACUGCAGCACUCUACACUAUAUUACAAACGAUGAUACUCUAGAAAAUAAGAAUUCAGUGUUGAUUGAUGCGGGUGCAGAAUGGGAAAAUUACACUGCAGAUGUUACUAGAUGUUUUCCAAUAAAUGGGAAGUGGAGUAAGGAACACCGCGAGAUAUAUGACACUGUCUUAGAUAUGCAGACCAGAGUAAUGGCCCAAAUCAAGCCCGGAAUUCUGUGGGAUGAUUUACACAAAUUGGCUCAUAAGGUGUUAAUUGAGCGUUUCCUUCAACUGAAUAUCUUUAAAUCUAACUACUCCGUAGAUGAAAUCUUUGAAAGAAAGGCUUCCGUUGCAUUUUUCCCUCAUGGUUUAGGACACCUUUUGGGUAUGGACACACAUGACGUUGGCGGUAAUCCAAACUAUGAAGAUCCAGAUCCAAUGCUAAAAUAUCUAAGGUUGCGUCGUACGUUGCAAGCAGGUAUGGUUGUUACCAAUGAGCCUGGCUGUUACUUCAACCCAUAUUUGAUCAAGGAAUUUUUGGAAAUGCAUGAGGACAGACUGGAAGUCGUAAAUAUGACUAUCAUGAACAAAUACCUAUAUGUUGGUGGGGUUAGAAUUGAGGACGAUAUCUUAGUUACUGAAGCUGGACAUGAGAACCUAACAAAAAUUACAAGUGACCCUGAUGAAAUUGAAAAGAUAGUUUCGGACAGUAUUUCAAAAGGAUUAUCUCAUUUCCAUGUAAUUGUCUAA